UAGUUUAAGUUGAACUCUCUAGCAAUUCUCAAAAGUUAUAUAAAGUAAUAUAACUAGUUUUUGAAAGCUUAGAACAAAGAAAAAUGAAGGUUGUGUCACCAAUGAUGUUGGCUCUUAUGUUAAGGGAGAAAAGACCUACUAACAAUGCCAUGAUUAGCUAUGAUAUUGUGAAAAAUAGGACUCAACAACAACAUAGAUUGAUGGUGGGAAGAGCCAGCAAUCGGUCCGGGGUCCAUGGCACUCAUCUACCUGCUAUAGAUGACAUUGAUAAUGUGGAAGUGGAGAAGGAGAUCAACAAAGGUAAGAAGGAUAAAGAGGAGAAGAGAAAAGAAGUUGAGGAAACAGUGGACUCACACCUUAGCCAUUCUGGUCAAGAUAAAUACCCCAAGUCUUCCCCUACCAAAUAGUUCAAUUUCUUUUUUCUUUUUCUUUUUUUUUUUUUAAAAAAAUUAUUUUUUUUUUAUUUUAUUUUAAAAUUCCUAUUCUAGAAAAUGUAAGUUUCUUUGACUUAUCGUCUUAGCUCUCUUUGGCAUGCAUGCAUAAGACUAUAAUAACAUGCGUGUUAUUGAACAAGAAAUUGUAAAUUUGUACCAAGUUUCUCCAAUAAUCUCCAUGAGAAAUAAUAUGCUCUUUUCAUCUCUUAUGGUUCCUAAAGGUGUGAAGGCUAACACAAU